ACAAUAAAAAAUCUCAAAAUAAAUCAAGUCUCUAACAAGAAAGGAUUGAAAUCAGUUUUUUUAGAGCGAUACAGUAUUUAUCAGUUAGCCUGAAGUGUUCUUAAGGAGUCGAACAUGCAUUGCAGUAUUAUACAAUAUUGUUCGGAACAAGAGAGGUAUAAAUGUGGAUAUUGCAAACGGGAUGAUUCUAAUUAUAGUCAUGGAUUGUGGGCACAUACUAUGACAGCUGCGGAUUAUCAGAAUUUAAUAAACAGAGGCUGGCGGAGAUCAGGGAAGUACUGCUACAAGCCAACAAAUGAUAUCAUAUGCUGCCCCAUGUAUACUAUAAGAUGUAAAGCAUUAGAAUUCAAAGCUAGUAAGUCUCAAAAGAAAGUAUUAAAAAGAGUUAACAAGUAUUUGCUAGGAAAUGAAAAUAAUAGUGGUGGUGAUUGUUGGAGAAUGUCCAAUGCUAGUGGUGAUUUGAAAAUGGAUCAAGGAGAGGGAAGGGAAGUUUUUGUGGAGAACAAAAUAAAGCAACAAAAUGUUGAUCUAUCAAAAGUUAACUUCAAAGAAAAGAAGCUAAAAGAAGAUGCAACAGAAUCUGCAUCAUCAACAGAUAAACUGGAAUCAACGCAAAAAGUAGAAGAAAUCAAAAAUAAAGAUGCGGGACCCGAUCCAACAAAAGCUCUGUGUAAAAAGGCCAAGCUGAUGCGGCGAGAGAGAAGAUUAGAAAAACUAAAACUAAAAGGAAUUGAUGUUAGCACUAUCGAAGACCGAAGCAAAGAUAAGGAAAAACAGGUUGAGGAUUUCAUCAACGAAGUACCAGAGGACAUUAUGAAGAAAUUAGAGGUAAGAUUAGUGAGGACGACCCCGCCUAGCCCGCAAUGGAAAACGACGGCCAAGGAAACAUACAAUUUGUAUGUCAAGUACCAAACUGUUAUACACAAUGAUCGCCCAGAAAAAUGUACAGAACCCAAGUUCAGAGAGUUCCUAGUUGAGAGCCCUUUAUUGGAAGAAUACAGCGAAGACGGUCCUACAUGUGGCUACGGGUCGUUCCACCAACAGUAUUGGUUGGAGGGCAAGCUGAUCGCUGUCGGUGUGAUAGACAUACUGCCCAAGUGUGUAUCGUCUGUAUACUUCUUCUAUGAUCCACAGUACAUGUUCUUAACACUAGGAACGUAUGGUGCUCUCAGGGAAAUCGCUUUCACGAGACACCUGCACACACAAAGUCCGGAACUACAGUACUACUAUCUUGGAUUCUAUAUCCACUCGUGUCCAAAAAUGAGAUAUAAGGGCAACUACAGACCGUCAGAUCUGCUCUGUCCGGAGACAUACAAGUGGUUUGAUAUAGCAGAAUGUAUACCGAAGUUAGAAGUCUCAUUGUAUUCAAGACUAGACCCAGAUUUAGAUAGUACAGAUGAAAAUCAUCCAAGUGAAAGCACCAUUAAAUAUAUCCCUGUGCUGUAUAAUAAUGAAAUCAUGCUGUAUAAGGACUAUAAAGAGAAGUACGGGAAGCGCAGAAGUGAUGUAGAGGAUCUCUUGAAGUAUGCUACUUUAGUCGGUUCUAAUUCAGCAAGGAAGCUUAUAAUGGUGAAAUAAGUAAAGUCUAGUCGUGAAUAACUUAGAAAUUAAAAUAAAUACAGUCUAUGUUCUAUGAAACCCAAAUUUUUGGACGUCAGUUAAAUAUUGAAGGAAUAUACCGUUUGUGUUGGUUUUUAACAAAUACUCAUUAAAAUUAUGCAAAUAGGCUUUGUUGGCGGUUACUUAUAGCUUGCUGUUAUAAUGCUAAGUACUCACAUACGGUUUUGCUCGAUAGUUUU